ACUACAUUGUUUCUUCAGAGAUUGAUAACAGCCAACCCAAGAUACCAGUCCGCAAUUCACUCAGCCACAAUUACUCACCAUGUCGCCCUCUCCUCUUCCUGUCGACAACGCCACAACCUCAUUUUGGAGGUCAGAGCCGCAUUCUCUCGAUAAUCAUCGCUCAACGCCUGAUCUCCCUGCCCAAGUCGAUAUUGCCAUUAUAGGCGCCGGCUACGCAGGCGUCGCGACAGUCUAUCAUAUUCUCGAGCAGUGCAAAGCUCAAGGCGCCCCUCUGCCAAAGAUUGUGAUCCUUGAAGCUCGCCAAGCUUGUUCGGGAGCAACCGGACGAAAUGGCGGCCAUGUGAAGCCAGAUCCGUAUUACAGACCAGCCAAUCUUCUGGCUACUUACGGCAUCGGAGCUGCGGCAGAGGCAGCAGAGUUCGAGGCCAAGAAUCUCGCUGCGGUCAAAAGUGCCAUUGAGAAAGAGGGCGUCGACUGCGACUUUGUCUAUACCCGUGCUGUCGAUGCGCUUAUGUCAGAUGACAUACUGAACAAGAUAAAAUCGGGAGUAGAUGCUCUUCGACAGAAAGGAGUUUCCGUUAUGCAGGAUGUCUAUUUUGCUCAAGGUGCUGAAGCUGAACAGCUAUCAGGCGUCAAGGGAGCCAAAGGCUGUUUUUCUUACACCGCUGGUCACUGCUGGCCAUACAAGCUCAUCCUCCAACUACUGUCCAAGGCUGUCGAUGCCAAUGUCAAUCUCCAGACCAACACGCCCGUUACUGCAGUUACUGAGGAGCCUGAUGAAGAUGGCCAUCUGACACUGAUGACUCCUCGCGGCGCGAUCCGCGCUGCAAAGAUCAUCUACGCGACUAACGCCUACACAUCAUCCAUACUACCCGAAUUCGUGGACAAGAUCGUCCCAGUGAGGGGAAUCUGCAGUCAUAUCAAGCCUAGCAAGACCCCGUCACCUUUACUGCCCAACUCGUACAUUAUUCGCUGGUCCGAUACCAAGUUCGAAUAUCUCAUCCCGAGGCUUGAUGGUAGCAUUAUAGUUGGAGGAGCACGAUCAGCGUACUACCAUGAUCUUGAUAGCUGGUACAACAACUUCAACGACGAUAAGUUAAUUGAGCCUGCGAAGAAUUACUUCGAUGGAUAUAUGCAGCGCGUCUUUCACGGGUGGGAGGACAGCGGCGCGUAUACGUCCAAGGUUUGGACUGGAGUGAUGGGCUACUCUUCCGAUGGCCUGCCUCAUGUCGGUGCUGUCCCUGGGAGACAGAAUCAGUAUAUGCUCGCUGGCUUCAACGGACACGGUAUGCCCCAGAUCUUCCUGUCAGCGAAGGGCGUGGCGUCUAUGGUGAUGGAGGGCUUGAGCUACGAGAAGACAGGUAUACCGAAAAUCUACAAGGCUACUCAAGAGAGACUGGACAGUCCGAGCAACACUAUACUGGACACUUGGAAGACUGUGCAGAGGAGGGAAGGGGCAAAACUGUAGAUAGUACUUUGUAAGCAGGAUCUAUAGCAGAAAUGGCGAUUAUUGAGAACAAUGUCCUGGUCCCGGAUGAAUUGCUCGUUACCCAUUGGCGAUAUUUGGAUCCUUCGUUUACCCCUCAAAGUCAAAUCAUUUACCGC